GUUAGUUUGUUUGAAUUCUUCGACAUCCGUGCAGUACUAUGGGGAAUUAUCUGUCAACCAACUAUAUUCUUCCUGAAGAAACGCUUGUCACUUAUGUAGAAUUAACAUACUUAACAAGGAAUGAAAUAAAGUAUAUUGUUAAAAUACUUGACAAUGUAAAUCCAGGAAAACUUGGUGAAAAUAUUCAGCAUCGUUUCACUAUUGAUGAAGUCGAAACCAUAUUGCCACAAAUUCGAUGCAGCCCGUUUCGUGAUUCAAUAUAUCGAGUAUUUUCUUCACAAAAAGACAAUCAUUUAAGUUUGGAAGACAUAUUGGAUUUAUGUUCUGCCUUCUCUAAACAUUGUCCUUCGAAAAUUCGUGCUGCUUGGGCAUUUUACAUUUUUGACUUCGACGGCGACAAUCAAAUCUCAGUGGACGAUUUGAUCGAAACUGUGCACAGAUUGACACGGAGCGACCAGGACGAACAUGAAACCAUUGAUUCGGCGACAGCGGAACACGUCGCGCGAAUGAUACUUCAAGAGAUGGUGUUCACUCAACAGGGAAGCAUUUCCUUCGAAGAAUUUAUACGUUUCGCUUCGAGAAUUGCAGAAUUCUCGUCAACAUUCUCGUUUCAUUUUAAUGUUUAAUUAUGCUCAUAUUAUGGUAAUUAUUUCCGUAACUUUGAUAUGCAUAUUGGAGCAAAUGUACGACUUUGUACUCCAAAUUCAUGUGCAUGCAUAUCAUUACAUAAUUAAGCAUGAUUAUAUAAUUUUCUCAAAAAGGCAUUUUCACAAAUUAAUUCUAUUCGAACGGAAUUAUCGACCAUUUCGUAAGGAAAAAGACACGCAUAGAUGUGCUUUGCAAUGAAUUUCGCAUAAUAUAUUCAAUUGCAUGUUGCUUUACAACUGAAAAAUGUUAUUAUUCAUGGUUACUAUUAUAUUAUUGUACAUGGUAAUACAAAUUUAUAGCACUGCCGGGGGUAUGCUUUUAAAUACGCAUAAUUAUCGAUUUUGUAACCUUAGCGAUAUAAUUAAUGUUUCAAUUAUUAGAUCGUAUCUCCUACAUAGAAAUUUUCGAUAUCCUAAACGAAAAUUUUAUUACAUACAAGUCGAUAUACUUAUUGUCAUGUAUUUGAUAAGAAGAGUUCAUUUCUUAGAAGGAUAUGUAGAAUGAUAAUGGUAUCGAUUACAUUAGAUCGGUGGAAAAUAAAUGACCUAUCGGUAUUUACAUUUUUAAUUCAUUACCAAAAUAUACAAUCUUACUUAUUAUUAAUUUUUUUAGUAAAUAAUCACGGUUAUCGACUAUUUACGAGACUACUUUGUCAUUUUCUUUUUUCAAAAAUAAUUAUAAAUUUAUCGGAGCGUCCUACCGUAUAAAAUUAUUUAAUUUUCUCCAAAAUAUAACAACAGAUGAGGCAGACAAACAUGAACAAAUUCAUAUUUCAACUUUAUAGCAUUUACAGCGAUAUAUAUGUACGUAUAUACAACUAACUAAUAAAGAUAAUUAGAAAUGAUAGACAAUUAUUUCCCACCAAUCCAAUAUAACAAAAAUGUCACAUAUUAUCAAUAGAUAUAAUAUUGUAAAGGAAUUUAUGGUAUAUAUGUACAAGGAUGAGAGAGGGAGAGAGAGAGAGAGAGAGAAUUUGUUGCGGAACAGAGCAGGCAAGUAUUGUAGUAAUUUGUAGAUUUGGUUGUCUUGUAACUAGUGAAUUAAACUGCUACCAAAAAGAGA